UUUGAGAAAUAUCUAAUUUUUGUUGGUAAUCUAAUAAAUCCCUUUUGAGAAAUUUCAAUUUUUUGUGAAAUUGAAGGUUGAGAUAGAGAACUUUAAUUGUUGGGUUUGUUGAAUUUGUGGUUGUUUGGUGUAAAGUCGUAAGAGAGAGUCACAAAGGGUAAAUGAUGUAUUCGGGAUUUGAUCCGGGUUUUGAAGGGGUUGAAUUAUGUCUGGGUUUACUGGGUUGAGUAAAAAGAAAGAAAAAUGGAGAAAAAAAAAAGGAUAGUAUAGUAUAUGAGGAAUUAAGAAGCUCGCAAUUUUAGGUAUAUAAGGAUUUUUUAGAGUUUACAUGGUAAAAUUCCCAUAUUUCUGUUUAGAUAUAUAUUUGCAACCAUUAUUUCAGUAUUUGGGCUUCUAACUGAAUUUAUCCUCUAAAAUAAGUAAAGUUUUCCAUAUUUCAGCUGUAAUUAGAUCUAAGCUAAUCUUCUUUUAAGUGGAUUAAUUUAGGACCUUUACCUUUUCUCUCUAUUGAGGGUUUUGUGUUUGGAUGAAAGGGAGGAUAUUUGCUUUGUACGGUUAGUUUUGUGAGGGAAUUUGAAGGUAAAUUUGGUUUACAUAUUGCUAUUUCAUUCAUCAUCAAUCACAUGUAAGUUUGCUGUUUUGUUAUAAGAAUAUAUGAUCUCUUACUUGUUUCGUUUGUCGGCCGUUGUGCCUUGUCAUAGGAUAGAUAGGGUUUAGUUUGAAGAUUUGGUGAUGAUAAGUUCUAACGUAUUGGAGUGUUGUAGUGGUCCUAGAGGAUAAUAGCUAGUUUAGUGGGGGUGAUGCUAUCUACAUCAUUGCUCUUCGUAGUUCUCUCUAUACACCAAAAAUGAUAAUUUUCAGUGUUGAAUCUAAUGGUGAUUGUGAACUAAAAGUUAUUUCGUUGAAGUCUUAAUGACUGUUAUUAGCCGGGAGUUGUGGGGGUGGGUUGUUACAUCUUGAUUUCAUCCUGUAAAAAAUAAUAGGUUUAAGUAUUUGCUUCUUAAUAUUAAAGCUUCUCUUAAUGACUUUUUAUCUUCGCUCCCUUUCUUUGUCCGUAUCUCAAUUAAAAAUGCAGUGUAUUGGAUCGCUUUUUAAAUUUAUUUUUGCCCUCCCUUUUUUUUAAAAGUUCCUCUACUGCUUGUACUAGAUCGUAAAGGAUGGAGGAGGAAGAUUUUUGUGGAUGACUAUGCGAAAUAAUCACAUUUGGUUCAUGUAGCCGAUCCCACUUAUGGGAUUAAGGCUUUGAUUGAUUGAUUGAUUGCUUUUAUAUUUUAGUUAUUGGGGUAUUUAGGUUUUCUAAUGUCCCAAUGUUUGAGACUGAUUAUAUCAUUUAUCUGUUCCUCAUAGCAUGAUGAACUUUUACUAUGAUUUUGUAUUUAAAUUUUUUUAAGGGUUGGGGGGGGGGGUGUUGUCAGUUGUGCACUUCUUCUUUUCUAAGUUAAGGGGUUGCCCUUGGAUGCCCACAUUCCCAUAUAGAACAUGAAGGUUUGACUAAUCGACAUUGAAGGCUUGUUAACUAAUCCUUAUGAGAUUGAUUUGAGGUCUUCAGCUUGCGCUGGCCUAUUAAAAGGCAACCUUGUUUUUAUCUGUGUAGAUAGAAUUCCUUAUUUGUGUAUAUCCCGUAGGACGCACUUCUGUCUUCAGACUGGGGGAUAACCUUAACUGUCCACGAAUAGCUCUGAAUAUAGGUAUGUGAUACAUCUGUAGUUAACUUGUACUGGAGAUAGUAAAAAUCCCACCGUUACAAUUGAUCCCAUUGGUGGGAUUCCAGGUGAAGCAUUGGCACUUAGCCCUCUUACAAUUGAUCCCAUUGGUGGGAUUCCAGGUGAAGCAUUGGCACUUAGCCCUUGCUCACAGGAACAACAAUAGCUUUAAUUCUAGUCUCCCCAGUUGACUGGCCUAACAAGUAACAAAAGAUUUUCCCAAAAGGGUGAUUGAAUGGUGAAUAUAGUCUAUCUGCCGGAUUUCGUUGUUUUAAUCUCUUUGAUAAUCCCUAUCUAUUGAGUAUCAAUAAUUCUUGAUCCUACAGCUUAAAUGAGGAUAUUGGUGGCAUCUUAAAAAAACUUGGUCUCCAAAUCAUACAUUAUCCAAUCUUUCUUUCGAAAGGGAUAUUCGACAAAGACACACACCCAUCUCUACCUCAUUAGUAUGAGGUUCCAAAUAACUAGUUUUCUAACUAGAUUAAAAACUCAUAUAUCUAAAUAAUUGCCAACAAAUUUUUUUAGUAAAUUUCUAAGAACCACCUACUUCAGUGAGACACUUGUGAAUCUAAAGAUUGGACUACCUAAGCCAAGCUACCGCCCUUAGAAAGGAGUGCCUUAAAUGUACUAAUAGCUAUCUAAGCCAAGCCGAAUACCUAUACAGCUGUGAAUAAAACCUUUUGCUAGCAAAAUCUUGUAAUUUAUUCUCCAACCACAAGUAUUAGAGCAACUAACCAAAAUAUGGUAAGUAUGUUGAGGGCAAAAUAGUUAGGAGUCAAGAACAAGUCUUUUAAUAUGGCAUUUCAGUGGGCCUAGGUGGAAAUUUUUAUACAACCAAGCUAACCCAAUGCUUAGAUAUAAACCAUCUAGGAUACAUAAGAAUCCCAGACUGCAAUAGGAUCCUUAUGAUUGUAGUUUCACUUGCCGGGUUAUCAUAUCUACCCUAACUAAUUUCCAUGCCAAAGAAGUGUUAGCCCAACCAAAAAGAUGAGCUAGUAAUACAUGCAUCAAUAAUUAUGAAGAAAAAAUCCGUGUUCAUUCGUGCUAUUUGAUGGAAACUACAAUCCCUUGUCUAAAUAUAUUUUUAAGCGCACGAUAUAUUGGAGAAAAUAAGGCUCAAUCCUUGAAAGCUUUUAGAUAAAGGUUCUAAAAAGAAGAUUGACUAGGGAAAGAGGCAAGUGGUGCUAUCAAUAAAGGUCGUAAUUAUAAUUUGAAGCCAUUGAAGAACUGAUCUGGUGGUCUAUUGGUCUGAAAGAUCGUCUUUUCCCACUCAGUUGUACUUAUAUUUUUAAGCUUCUUGCACCUUUCACUUUUAUCUUUUCCUGCCAUUUUCACCCCAUAGUUUCCUUUGCUUGGCUACAUGUAAGUUAUAUCAUCAUCGAUUCCUUGAUGUAAGUUUUCCCUCUUUAUUGAUAGUUUUUUCUUGGAUUAACAACUGACGUGAUUCUUUGACUGGGUUAGUGUGGGCUAGAUCACUCCUGCUUGGAUGCUACUUAACUUUCUUUUACUUGGGCCCUGAUCCUAAUUGCUCAUUUGGGAGUUGGGACUAGAUGACAUGUUGUAGAAUGACAAGCCCACUUUAAACUGAUGACUGAAUUAACUGAUACGAAUAUUAUAGUUUCAAACACCAUUUCAUCACUUGUAGCAAUGUUAAGACUGAAAAAAGGCGUAGUUUUCAUAUAUUAUUUAAAUUUCCCUAUUUUGGUACAUUGUACACUUUACAGACGAUUUCCUGCUUCUGUAAAACAGUUACAUCAGUAGUUAGUCCUUCUGCCUUAGUAAUUUCUAUUGUGAACACUUGCUAGAGUGUUUAGAAUUGGCUACAAAAUAUAGGAUUAAAAAUUACUAGAAGUUUGUGACUAUGUCCAGUUGAUCUCGGUUUCUAACUUUGCAUUUGGUUCGAUAACAAUUUAAUUUUCCUGUUUAUGCGAAUUCAAAUUUUGGUUUAAGGAAAGUAUGUGAUUCUUGAUUGUUUUUGCAUUGUAUUACUAUUCAAUAUUUGUAUGAUGCAUCUCAUCGGAUAGGUUUUGAUCUGUCAUAUCACAUAUAAUAGGAUUUUAUACCUCACAAUAUUUGCUUAGUCCUUAGUGGAUCUGGUGGUGAUUGGACCUAUGUAAAUGGGGGCAGCCGAGGAGCAGACACCUUCCAAGCCUUCAAAAGCAACAAGUUCAGCACAGGAGACUCAGGCGGCAGUGCCAUCAUAUCCUGAUUGGUCAGGUCCCAUGCAGGCGUAUUAUGGCAACGGUGCUACUCCUCCUUUUUUUGCUUCUACUGUUGCAGCUCCAGCACCUCAUCCCUAUAUGUGGGCAGGACAGCACCCUAUGAUGCCACCUUAUGGUACUCCAGUCCCUUACCCAGCUUUAUAUCCUCCUGGUGGCGUUUAUGCUCAUCCUAAUAUGGCAAUGACUCCAAAUCCUGCUGUUGCUUUGGAAACAGAAGGAAAAAACUUGGAUGUAAAAGAUCAGAAUUCAGCAAAAAAAUCCAAAGGAAAUUCCGGCAUGGGGAAUGAAAAGGCUGUUGAAACUGGCAAAGCAACUUCAGGCUCCGGAAAUGAGGGUGCCUCGCAGAGCGCUGAAAGUGGAAGUGAAGGCUCAUCAGAUGGUAGUGAUGACAACAAUCAGCAGGAAAACUCUGCAACUAAGAAAGGAAGUUUUGAUCUGAUGCUUGAAGAUGGGGCUAAUGCACAGAAUAGCUCAGGGAAUGCAGCUCAGGGUUCAGUGCCAGGAAAACCGGUGGUUGCUGCUACUAAUCUUAACAUUGGCAUGGAUUUGUGGAAUACUUCUGCUGCUGGUGGAGUUAAAUUGAGACCAAAUACUGGAGUAGCAUCUGCAGUAGCUCCGGCAAUGGUUGGACGCGAAGGGCUUAUGCCUGACCACCAAUGGAUCCAAGAUGAGCGUGAACUUAAAAGGCAGAAACGUAAACAAUCUAAUAGAGAGUCAGCCAGGCGAUCAAGGUUGCGCAAGCAGGCUGAGUGUGAAGAAUUGCAAAGAAGGGUUGAGUCUCUGAAUAAUGAAAAUAGCAGCCUCAGAGAAGAGCUCAAGAGGUUAUCUGCUGAAUGCGAGAAGUUGACCUCUGAAAACAAUUCUAUCAAGGAGGAGCUAACCCAGACACGUGGACCAGAUAGCUUACAAAGCCUCGGAGAAAACAAUGCUUCUGGUGAGGCCGAUAGCUGAAAUGAGAGCUUAGAUUAGUACUUCUUCGGCUCAGCUCAAAAUAUCUGACAAAACAAAUAGGGGAAAUUUCAGUUUUUAACACAGCUUAUACCAAUUUUUUUUUUCUCUUUUUUUUAGCCAUUGAUAACGCUUGUAAUGUGAUUUGUGAUUUCUUGGUUUAUGCUAAGGGGGAUUUCAGUUAACGCAUAAGUGCACAACCUCAUUUGUCUGAGUAGAACUACUGUAUAAAGAUAAGUAUCAGCUAGAUUUUUAUGUAAUAGAGAGGUCAAAGUGUGUAUUUUAUCAUAUUACUCUGAAUUCCAAGAUGAUUUCACAAAUCUAUUAUACAACUAUUGACAUAAAAAGUUUAAUCUUCUUA